AUGAUAAAUUUUAUUGUUAUAUAUUUAUAUUGUUAAUAAGUCAUGCACAUCAAAUCUUAACCUUUUUUCUUUGUCUCUCAACAAUUCUAAAGUCCUGAUUGCUAUCCAAGUAGAUUGGAUAGUAGGAGUUCUCAGGUGGAUGUACUAAAAAAGUUUUAUUUAGAAUAAUUGGUGAGUGAUUUAAGAAAAGACAAUCAGCAAUUGUUUGAUCAAAUGGAAGAGAUCAGAGUUAAAAACUUCAAUAGGGAACAUGAAUACAUCAAUCAAAUCAAAGAUUUGCAAGAACAACUCUUGGAUAUUUAAGCACUGAACAAAAAUUAAGAAUACUAGAUCUAAUUUUUACAAACGAAAAUAUCUUUUCUAGAAUAAAACCCUAAACCUUUAGAUCAAUAACUAACCACUAGUACAGAUCUAUUCAAUUCUAAAUUUCAAUCUGAAAGUGGAGAAUCAAAUUAGUUAACUCGAAGUCUCAAUACCAUUUUGGAACAAAAGAAUAUCAUAAUCAAGGAGUACGAUGAGAUCAAAAAUAAAUUCAAAUUAACACAACUUGAACAAUCUAAUAAAAUUGAGUAAUUGCAUACUGAAAUCCAUAAUCUAAACAAAUAAAUUAAGAAAUUGGAACUUCAAUUGAUCAAUCAGUAAAAAUAGGUUACUCUAUAUUAAAAUGAAACUUAAUAGUGGAGGGGCAAAUUUUUAUAAUUGAAUAAAACUUAUAAUAAAAGUUCAGAGUAAUUGGUUUUAACCUGUGUUGAAUUAGAUACUGCAAAAAAAGAAAUUUAACAUAUGAAUGAUCUACGUAGCAAGAGAAGAAGUGUGGGCAGUAUAAUUUGA